UUUCUUGUGAACUCUCCUCGUGGUACGGUGUUUCUUUCAUCUAUUGAUGCGUCUGAUGAGAUCAAGACGGGUGACAGAAUGUUUGAGAUACUUAGUGAGCAGAUUAAGCUCAUAGGACCUCAGAAUGUUGUUCAGAUCGUCACGGAUAACCAUUCUAGUCUCAAAUAUGCAGGAGCGGAAUUGGAAAAAGAGUAUCCUCAUUUAUAUUGGACUCCUUGUGCUGCUCAUUGUAUUAAUCUCAUGCUCAAGGAUAUUGGUAAACUACCAUCUGUGAAGCUAACCUUGAGUCGAGCUAUGGAGUUGACUGGAUUCAUCUACUCACAUGCGUGGGUUUUGAAGCUGAUGAGAGGUCAAACUAACGGCAGAGAGCUUCUUAGACCGGCGGUGACACGAUUUGCCACAUCAUUUAUGACUUUGUCAAGCAUCCAUCGACAGAAAAAUAACCUCAGAAAGAUGUUUAAUUUGGAGACAUGGAGGCAAAGUAAGUGGGCAAGAGAUUCAAAGGGCAAAUCAGCUGAAAGGAUAGUUCAUAUGCCAUCUUUCUGGAACAACAUUGUUCGUAUUCUCAAGCUGACGGCUCCUCUUGUUGGUGUUCUGAAACUUGUUGAUGGUGACAAAAAGCCUGCUAUGGGAUACAUUUAUGAGGCGAUGGAUAGAGCUAAGGAGGCUAAUGCUAAAGCCUUUGUUGAUGAUUCAACAAAAUAUUCUGAGGUAUUUGAUAUCAUUGAUAAGAGGUGGCAAGAUCAGCUUCAUCGGCCUUUGCAUAAUGUAGGAUAUUACCUUAAUCCUGCAUUUUUCUAUGAUCAUCCAAACAUCCAAGGAGAUGACGAAGUUAUGAAAUGUCUUUAUCAAGUCAUUGAGAAGAUGGUGCCCACACAAGACCAAGACAAGGUUGAUAGGCAGUUGGAUAUAUACAGGCAUGCUGGGGGUCUUUUUGGUAUGGAGAUAGCUAAGAGAAACAGAAAGAAGAAGUCUCUAAUUGAUUGGUGUGAGUCUUAUGGUGCAUCAGCACCAGAGUUGCAGAAGCUUGUUAUACACACCAAGAGGAGGAAUAUAUUGGAUCAUAAGAGGUUGCAUGAUCUUUACUACAAGUACAACCAAGCAUUGAAGGAGAGAUUUGACUGUAGAGAUUCUAUUGACCCGAUUAAGUUGGCUGAUAGAGAUGAAAGCAAUGAGUAG